GCUAGGUAGGCUCAGAAAGCAAGCGCCACAAUGGAGAGAGGAACGCGCCGCGUCAACUUCUUUUUCGAUAUUUACUACUAUAUCCUAUACAAUCAUUUUCUGUUCGAAUACUUAGGUAUCCUACAAGAAUCGUCCCCAAGACUGAUUUGGAUCAUUCUCACUCGUCGAGAUGCUCGAGUCCAGGAGACACCGAUGUAUGAGUACCUUAUCAUUAUUAAUUGCUUUAUUUAUUGUCCUAGCUUUGGCAUCAGAUACCUGUGCUCCAAACCCAAUUGCUGUUAGAAUCGGAAAUGUCACGCUUGCAAACCACCAAGUAGCGAGAGGUGCAGAGAUCCACAUCGGGGAUCCUCCGCAACCAUUCGCAUUCUUACCUCAAUGGCCAUACAACACAUCUUUUGUAUAUGGGAUAGAUGGGCAUUGUGUGUUCAAACGUGAGGAACCUACGAACGACGGCUGUGAUACUUUAAGAGGAGGGGCCUACGACGCCUUUGCAUCAAAAACACGCCAGGUGGCAUAUCCAGAAGAGUUCCCGAAGGAGAAUGCCCCAUUUCCGGAGACGACUCUAGUGGCCGACGGAAUGAAGCUGAACGAAAACAUGAGCUUGGCUGCAUUCCCUCUUGGGGUUGCCCUGAACGAUUGGGGUGCCGAAGGAUAUCACCUGAUGGCCUGCCUUGGAUUAGGGACCAACUCAACCUUUCUUAAUACUCUUCGAGAGUCUGGAAAGAUUGCUUCACGCACUUGGAGCUUUUUCUGGGGCCGCAGUAGCGGACCUUCCGCUUCACAGACUGACGGGUCAUUGGUCCUUGGAGGUUACGAUCGAGCCAAGGUCUCUUCAGGGGAGAGAUAUGUAGAAAUGCUACAGGACUCAACAUCCCCCUGCUCUACUCAGAUGAUUGUCACCAUAACAGAUAUGGUUCUUAACUUUCCGAACGGAACCGAUGUUAGCAUAUUCCCAGAGUCGCUAUCUACAGCAUUAACCGCGUGCAUCGUGCCUGACUACCCAGUCCUAAUGACACUUCCAUCAGAUCCCUUCAUGGACAACUUCUUUCAGCUAACUGAUGCCGCCCAAAAUCAUGAAAGAUCAUUUGGAAUCAAUUAUUAUUCAUUCCAGUACUCCGCAGGUGAAAAACGGUACGAUGGUGACAUGACCAUUAAAUUUCAAUCAGGGCUCGCCGUGAGAGUAGCGAACGAUCAACUGGUCGUCCCCGACGUGGACAUCAACCCGAGCACCGGGGAGCUUAUCGCCAACUAUACGAAUCCUGAUCUCGUCAUCAACGGCUUACAAAAUAUUAGUGCGAACGACAUGCCACAGCUCGGCCGCCAGUUCUUGUCUGCUGCCUACGUCAUGGUAAACCAAGACACCAGGCAGUUCAGUUUGUGGGCAGCCAAUCCGGUCUCGGGCGAAGACCUCGUGGCGGUAGAUGUUAACAAUGUUGAUAUCACUACGAUUUGCGAAUCUAACGCUUCGACUAUCAUUAGUUCCAGUUCGCCAACGCCAACGCCAAGUCCAGAAAAAACAUCGCAUUCUUCACCUGGGAAAAUCGCUGGCGCAGUUGUAGGUAGUAUUGGUGGCUUGGCAAUAUUAGGUGUGAUAGCUUUUUGGAUCAUCAAAAAGAGAGAAGCAUCGUCUGAGGUCUCCGAACAGAAUGAGGUCAUACAACCCUACGUCGAAAACGAACGCUCUCAACCGUUCUCAGCAGAAUCAAAGUCAGAGCUUCCAGAUAACUCAUUCCUAGUCCCCGUCGAAUUGGAACAUCCGACACAUCGAAGCCUGCCUCCUUAUGAAUUAGGAGACUGAUAUUCGCCCUCAAAAACAGAAAGUCAUGAUAUUAAUAAUAAUUAGCUAUAAUAGAGAUAUAUAUAACAAGCAGGAUUAUUAGAUAAUGUGAUAUAAUUGUCGUUGGCGAAUGCCUGAG